GGAUGCCUUACUAUCGCAUCAGUAACGAUAAUCGUUCUAUUCACAGCUUUUACAUCACAGUUUUUUGUUAUAUGGCCUUAUAUUGGCCCAAUAAACACCCGCUCCAUUAUAAUAACUCUUUCUCUGAACAGUUUUCUUUUAAUGAUUGUUAUCAACUACUUUUUGACAUGUACAACAGACCCUGGAAGAGUGCCAAAUAAUUGGAUGCCGCGACAGCAAGCAUAUAUUGAAGUCAAAAAGUCAACGCAUACUCCAAGAUUUUGCAGAACCUGCAAGAAUUUCAAACCACCGAGAAGCCAUCAUUGUUCGAGGUGUGGAAGGUGCGUUUUAAAAAUGGAUCAUCAUUGUCCGUGGGUCAACAACUGUAUUGGAUUUGCGAAUUACGGCCAUUUUAUACGCCUCCUCAUCUAUAUAAAUAUCAGUGCUGUUUACAUUUUCACCUUGUUGGCUUGUAGAUUAGCUCAAUUAACAAGAAGCUCGCAAUUUCAAUUGGACAUAACAGAAAUAGUGUUUAUGUCCAUCAACUUGAUGAUAACUGCAUCUGCCAUCUUGGGUGUCGGCGCACUAAGUUGUUAUCACAUUUUCUAUAUCUCAACCAAUACCACAACAAUAGAGGCUUGGGAAAAAGGAAGGUCACUAACCAUCAAAAGAAUGGAGUCUGUAAAGAAUAUAAAAUAUCCGUAUAAUCGAGGAAUUUACAAGAAUCUUACGGCCGUGUUAGGUAAACGACCAAUAUUUUGGCUCAUACCACAACCUACAACAGGAAACGGUUUCGAAUUUUCGAUCGAUGAUGAU